AUACAAUUUCUUUCUCGUUAAAGGACAAGUUGACUUCCCUCAGUCGGUGUAUUUUUGCUCAGACACGGUUACUUUUCUAUGUAAGCUAACCUGUUUGUUUAAGGAUCUUUAUAAUCCCCGACACACGUGAAGUAUUCUGCCUCGUUAGAUUUUGUUUGCCUGCACGGACGACUGUGGCUAAAACUGUUAAAUUUCAGCUGAGCUCAAAAGAGUUAUAUUUAAUAAAGUAUUCAGUCACAAUAUUGAAGGCAUGAAUAAGCGAGACGGUGAAGGAUCUUCCCGCAAAAAUGUUGAUUCAGCGCAGGAACAGGAUAUGAGCACCAACUCUUCCUCAUCUGUCAUUGCUGCCUUCAGAGUUUUCCAGCAGGAGCUUGACACCAAACACGACAAAUAUGAGCGUCUUGUUAAGAUCAGUCGAGACGUCACAAUUGAAAGCAAGAGGACCAUUUUUCUUUUGCAUAGAAUGACCAAUGUACCAGAUCCAGAGGAUGUUUUGAACGAUGCAGAGGUAAAACUGGAUGGAGUCAGACAAAAGAUCGGUCAAAUUGCUGAAGAGCUGAGAGGAGAGGACAUUUUUCAGUUUCACAGAGCCUUCACUCCAGGGAUUCAGGAAUACGUGGAGGCCGUCUCGUUCCUGCACUACAUCCGCCAUCGCAGCCUCAUCAGCCUGGAGGAAAUCAACGCCAGACUGGUGUUCAUGAGAACAGAGAAAGCAGAUGCGAAGGGCUCAGCUGAAGGCCAGCCGCUGGGCACCCAGGUCCUGACCUUCCAGGUGACGCCGUCUGACUACCUGCUGGGCGUGGCCGACCUGACGGGGGAGCUGAUGCGGAUGUGCAUCAGCAGCGUGGGCAACGGCGAUAUUGACACGCCCUUCCAGCUGAGCCAGUUCCUGCGCCAGAUCCACGACGGCUUCUCCUACAUCGGGAACACGGGCCCGUACGAGGUGUCCAAGAAGCUGCACACGCUGAGACAGAGCCUGGGAAAAGUAGAAGACGCCUGCUACACCCUGCGAGUCCGCGGCUCAGAGAUCCCAAAACACAUGCUGGCUGACGUGUUCUCCAGCCGGACCACACUCAUCGACCCAGAGGAAGGAGUUGUUUAAUCCUGCGCCGCUUCGACUACACCUGUGACGUUCUCUGUGGUGUCAUUGUGUCCUUCAGUUUUGCCCCCACUUUGAUGUUUGUAUGCAUUUUUAAUGAGUUUUGACAGAUGUUUCGUACAUUUCGUGACAUGCUUGUUAAUUUUUUUUAUUGUUACAACAACAUCAGUUACAAUAGACAAUGGAUUUUUUUUUCCUUGAUAAAGAUCUGAUGACUUCAGUUGUUUUGCAUGAAUAAAAGUUCCAUGCCAAGUAUGCCAUGCUA